UGUUAUACAUAAACAUUUCUUCAAUAUUAUCUUCUUUUUAUAAUACGUACGUUGCUAAUUUUAUAUCGAUAUCGAUAUCUUUAUUGUGCAAGUGGUAUGUGCAUCCGUACAGAUCGUUAUUGAUCUACUGUAUUGUUAAAUGAACGACAGUUUUAAUUCUUUGGAGAUGAAUAUUUCUUUUAACAAUGAAAAUUAUAAUAUGAUUGUAUGGAUUAUAACACAUUGAAAUUUGAAAAAAUAAAAAUCAAACAGAAUUUUUAAAAUAGGACGUGUAUGGUUCUACUUAUAACAAGAUUCUAUAUUCUACUGAUUCUCAGUGAUGCUAAGAAAAUUCUAACAAUUUAACAGGCUCCCGAAAAUUAUACGCACAUGUGGACAAUUAGUAUUAUUUCAUGUACAUUUACCUCUGCAACUAUCCAAUUCUUCCCUCGAAGCGUAAUCAUACGUUGCUUCACUUGAGAUACGGAAGCAUUUUUAAUCUCCAGAUCGUUAAGCAUGUAGAUAUUAAGUUGUCAGAUUGCGAUGACUUAUCCCUCCUCUUCUAUUUAUUUGGACCGUCGAUUGUCUACAGUUAUAAGUUAUAAAUUUUAUUGCGUCUGUGAUAAAUUGGUAGUAUCCUUCGCUCAAUCGAGUCUACCACCGCUCUUCAACUAUUAUAUAAAAACAGACUAAUAACUUUCCUUACACGUCAUUUUAAGAAUUGGUUCUAUAUCAUAGAAAUUCUACAUCAAAAAUGAUUCGUAUAAAAGUAUACGUAGAAAUAUUUUUCUUCCUAACUCUGAUCGUGCAGUCAACAAAUGCAAAUUAUGAGUUGGAGUUACUUCAAAUUGUAUUUAGACAUGGCGAUCGAACGCCAAAUAAAGAAGAAUUAUAUCCUACAUUAGACUAUAAUCCUAUUUACGAAUCGCUUGGUUACGGUCAAUUAACCGAGGUUGGGAAACUAAGAGAAUUUCGUCUUGGCGCAAUGUUGAGAAGACGAUAUAGUACAUUUCUGGGUGGUAGUCAUAAGUAUAGAAGCGUUUUCGCCUACAGUUCGGACAUUGAGCGAACAAAAAUGUCUCUGCAGUUAGUCUUGGCCGGUCUGUAUCCUCCUACACUGAACGAGGAAGGCCGAAUACUGUUAUCUCCAAUAGCAGCGAAUUACUUGCCGUUGAUUGUAGACAAUCUACUGUUCCCAAUAAGGUGUCCAGCGUUCCGCGAUGAAUAUCGUAAAACGAAAAAUUCACCUUUGAUUCAGAAGAAAAUAUCGCAGAACAAAAAACUUUUUGAGUAUCUUGCAAUGCACACUGGUUUAAACAUGACAUCAGAUCCAAUUUCCUCAAUUUAUUUACUACACAUCUUCUUCACGACACAGAAAAGUAUGAACAUUACCCUCCCCAAAUGGGCAACCGAAGAUGUACAAAAGAAAAUGAUACCAUUUGUAAAAUUGGAGUAUGAUAUUCAAUCUUAUAACACGUUACUGAAACGACUGAAUGGAGGUUUUCUUCUAAAGGAAUUCAUUAAAAACAUGGAUACGAAGAAAGAUAUAAGGUCUCCGAAGAUUUAUGUAUAUAGUGGACAUGAAGUAAACAUUGCAGCUUUUGCCAGAGCACACAAUUUAAUUAAACCUGAAAUACCCAGUUUUGGAUCUGCAAUUAUGGUUGAAACAUUACGAAACAGCAUUGGUCAAAAAUUUGUUAAGAUAUUACACUGGAGUGGCGUUACGGAAGAAUUGAUCGCUUAUACGAUUCCUAAAUGUGGUGAAAUAUGUCCAUAUGAGCAGUACGUAAGACUUAUGCAACAUGUUAUCCCUUCAAAAGAAGAAUCAGAUUGCUUAUGGAACAGUGUAUCGAAGGAAAUGUUACGUCAGUAUUACGCAGGACAAUUGGAUUUACCUAAAAUAUAAAAAUAUGUUUUGAAUUUCGAAAUUCCAACUUGAAAAGACAUUUAUGAAAGCCUUUAUACCAAAAUAAGCGCUUAUUCCACGCCUGCUACUUCGAACCAAAUUACUUUGUUACAAGCCAAUAUCUGGUAUAUCUUCGUAAGUGUAAUGGAACGCAUCGGGCUUUUUUAACAUAAAUGCCUGAUGGCUUGCCUGGAGAUAUAUCGUGUAACAUCAUCUUUUACUAUUUAUUGUUUACUAUCUACAAUCUACAUUGAUUCAAUAAGUUUGAUUCAAGAUAAAGAUAAUUUACCAAUUAUUUAUCAAGUAUUUAGAAAAUCCUAUGGUAAAGAAAUUACUUAUCAGUCUAAUCUCCGUUCUGCAUAAAUAUUGGUGGCUGGGUAAUCCUGGCUAGCCGAAGCGUUGACAAAGAAAAAAGGAGAAAAGAAGUUGAUACUCAUAUAUAUUUUUAUUAUCUUAUUACUGUUAUUAAAAUCAAUUAAUUUACUUAUGUUUUAUGUAUAU